AUGACAGAAGAGUUUCCAACACCUCAGUUAAUAGAUGACCUGGAUUUAGAAUCAUCACACGAUAGAACUCGUGUAUUUAAAGACUUAUUAGCAGGUACAGCAGGUGGUAUUGCACAAGUAUUGGUUGGCCAACCUUUCGAUACUACGAAGGUGAGAUUACAAACCAGUGAAGUGAACACAAAUGCUGUAAAAGUGAUAGAAGAUCUACUCAAAAAUGAAGGUUUUAUGGGGUUUUAUAAAGGUACUUUAACACCUUUGAUAGGUGUUGGCGCUUGUGUCUCUUUGCAAUUCGGUGUAAACGAGUACAUGAAAAGAUUUUUCCGUGAUAUUAAUGGAGAUGGGUCUACUCAACUAACUUUGAUUCAAUAUUACUUGUGUGGUGUUGCAGGUGGGUUCACGAAUUCGUUUUUAGCUUCACCCAUUGAGCAUGUAAGAAUCAGAUUACAAACCCAAACAGGAUCUGGAGCUUCUGUGCAAUUUAAGGGACCAGUUGACUGCCUCAAGAAAUUAUGGUCCAAUGGACAGCUAAUGCGUGGGUUAACUCCAACAAUGCUAAGAGAGUCGCAUGGGUGUGGUGUGUAUUUCUUAACUUACGAAGCGUUAGUGAGCCAACAAGUCAAAUCUGGUAUUGACCGUAAGGACAUUCCAGCUUGGAAACUCUGUUUAUACGGUGCCGCCUCCGGUACACUACUUUGGACGAUGGUUUAUCCUCUAGAUGUAAUCAAAUCGGUGAUGCAAACUGAUAAUCUUAAAGCACCUAAGAGUGGUAAUAAUAUUGUAUCCGUUGGAAGAAGUAUUAUUUCUAAACAAGGUGUUCUAGGCUUAUUUAGAGGAUUUGGGCCAACUAUGUUAAGGGCUGCUCCUGCAAACGCUGCGACCUUUGCAACAUUUGAAACUGCCAUGAGACUAUUGGGCUAA